AUGUAUUACCUGAACGUAGCUAUCUGCUGUGCCUUCUUUUUGGCCACGAAAGUGACGUCCCAUUCACAUAGUGAAUACCAAGAACCUCCUCUGGAUGUCACUAAGGCCAUGUCAGAGUUCCUGCAACUCCACCAAAGCCAUUACGAUGAGAGACUGAGGAUGUGCGAGGACACACUAGACAACUUUCGGAAGGCAUUCGGUAAGGACAUCCAGGCUGUGAAGGUGCAGAGCGAACUUAUGCAGGCCAAGGUGGAGGAGACAUGGGCCUGGAUCCGACCCUACGAGAAGAUUGAUUCCUGGCAUCGUCAAUGCGUGGCCAACUACAGUGCAACGGUGCCUUCAGUCAGUCAACUUCGGGCUUCCAUGAACUCCUGCGGGGUUCAGGUUUACCUGGAUGGGAUCCUAAGUAGUGCCCUGACUAGUUGUAAUAACAUCAAAAGGUAUGCCACCUACAUUUUGAACACCAACAAGGAUACAUGCGAGAGAAUGCACAAAAAGUCGCAAUUGGGUUUUAAUAAUUGUCUCAAGAAAGCAGUUAUCCCCCUGGAUGCUGAGGUUGCCAAAAGCUGGAAUGACUUCCAAAGGCUUAUUGGAGGGGCAGAGUCCAAUGCCAGAAAUCGCAUAAGAACCUCACGGCAAUGUGCCUUCAAUACGAUUUACACAACCAGCUAUAAUAUAGGGAUCGCAAGGCGUCUCAUUCUCGAUUGCAUAGGCAAUGAACAGACCUGUGGGAGGAGUUCCUGCUCUUCAAGGUGCCCACAUCAAAUGUAUAUGGACAUAAAGGAUAGAGAUUUCCGAAGUGUGACCAUCAGAAAUCCCUUCCAAGGCCCCAAUAGGCAUCUGGGUUGCCUCGAAUUGAGAUUUAAGUGA